CAGUAGCACGCAGCGCAGCGAUCGGCGGUGCGUUGUGUCCCUCGGACACAGUGGAUCACCGAUCAACAGAAAGAGCCGAAGAUGUCGGCUCGGUCAUGUGAUCAGCUGUGUCCAAUCACAGCUGAUCACAUCAGUGCCACCUGUCAGUGUCCAUCAGUGCCAGCUAUCAGUGUUCAUCCAUGCCACCUGCCAGUGCUCAUCAGUGCCACAUCAAUGCCACAUCAAUGCCACAUCAAUGCCACAUAUCAGUGCCCAUCUGAGCUGCCUUUCAGUGUCACCUAUCAGUGCCAGUCAGUGCCACCUAUCAAUGCCAGUCAAUGUCACCUAUCAGUGCUGCCAAUCAGUGCUGCCUAUCAGUGCCAGUCAGUGCCGCCUAUCAGUUGCCACCUAUCAGUGCCGCCUAUCAGUGCCAUAUAUGAGUGCUGCCUUUCAGUGCCCAUCAGUGAUGCCUGUCAAUGCCCAUCAGUGCCACCUACAAGUGCCUCCUCAUCAAUGCAGCCUAUCAGUGCCCAUCACUGCAGCCUCAUU